GGAUGCAUGACCUUCAUACUGUUCCUGCAAGGAACACCAAAAACAGACCACCGGCCUAGCAAUUCAUCUGCACUGGGAUAUGAACAGCAGCUGCGAGCACCCAGCUGUAGUACAGCUGAUGGCUUUCAGAAAAGGAGCAACUGAUCUCUAAGGUCACGUCAAAUGAUUCAGGUCCACACCACCGACUUCCCCGGAAACUACCCCGGCUACGACGAUGCCUGGGACCAGCAGCGCUUCGAGGAGGCGUUCCGCGUGGACGUGAUCCGUGAGGAGGGGGACUCGCUGGAGUUCGACAUGGUGGGCAUCGACGCCGCCAUCGCCAACGCCUUCCGCCGCAUCCUGCUCGCCGAGGUGCCAACGAUGGCUGUAGAGAAAGUCUUUGUGUACAACAACACAUCCAUUGUGCAGGAUGAAAUUCUGGCUCAUCGGUUGGGCCUCAUCCCAAUCCGAGCUGACCCUCGGCUCUUUGAGUAUAGAAACCAAGGAGAUCAAGAAGGCACAGAAAUUGAUACUCUGCAGUUUCAGCUGAAAAUAAAAUGCAGCCGAAACCCUCAGGCAGCUAAGGAAUCAUCUGAUCCUGAUGAACUAUAUUGCAAUCACAAAGUGUACAGUAAACAUAUGACAUGGGUGCCCUUGGGGAAUCAGACAGACCUUUUUCCGGAUGCUGACUUCCGACCUGUUCAUGAUGAUAUCCUCAUUGCAUUGUUGCGACCUGGACAGGAAAUAGAUGUGCUUAUGCACUGUGUCAAGGGUAUAGGUAAAGAUCAUGCCAAGUUUUCUCCUGUGGCAACGGCCAGUUAUCGACUGCUUCCUGACAUUACUCUCCUGAAGCCUAUUGAGGAUGAGGCGGCUGAGACAUUGCAGAAGUGCUUUUCCCCUGGAGUCAUUGAGAUCCAGAAUAUCAAGGGGAAAAAGGUGGCAAGAGUCGCCAAUGCACGGCUGGACACAUUCAGCAGAGAAGUUUUCCGUCAUGAGGGUCUGAAAAACCUUGUGCGCCUGGCAAGAGUACGAAACCAUUACAUCUUUUCAGUGGAGUCGACGGGUAUCUUGCCUCCAGAUGUGCUGGUGAGUGAAGCCAUCAAGAUCCUGAUGGGAAAGUGUCAGCGUUUCCUGAAUGAGCUGGACUCUGUGCCUAUGGAGUGACCAGGCUGUAGAUGGGAAGCAUAUCCCUGCACUGCUCUUCCAGGCUUCCUGCACCUGCCUGUAGAGGUGAUUCCUCUUCCAUAGGCAAGAGGCUUGAUGCAGGCUUGCCAAGAGUCCUUGGACCAUCUCUUUGGAUUUGUUUUCUGUUGGUAAUUAGCCUCAGUGAGGAGAUAUGUUAAAAUAAAGGCUUUUCUUUAAA